GUCCACACCGCAGACAUCAACAACCACCGACAAACAUCCUCAUCGAGCAGGCUGCAGCAUUGUUGCACCAUGCAUUUGCGUCCAACCUCUAGAAAUCCGAUACCUUGAACAGACACCCAUUAUGGCCCCCGUAACUCCCUUUAAUUCCACGGAAAUCACGGAAAAAGCCCGGCGCGACCUAUUGCUCCUCCUCGAAGGUGUCCGAGGCAAGAAGAACUUGGUGCUCGAGAAAGCUCUUGCAGGACCUUUGAAUCUACUUGUCAAAUUUUCUACGCUGCAAGAGUAUGGCGUUGAUAAGCCAUUCUUUCUGGAGAAUGACAAUGCCGAUAGCUCGCAACGGAACGUGGUGUUCCUUGUCAGGGGCGAGAAAGCAAGUACUGUCGUUGCAGUCGCCGAUCAAAUCAAAAGAAUACGCCGGGACAGCCAAAUAGAGCACGAAUUUUCCAUCUUUUGGGUGCCGCGACGGACUGUUGUCUCUGAUCAGCUGCUUGAAGAAGCAGGCGUGCUGGGAGAAGCUAGCGUUAGCGAAUGGCCGUUGUUCUUCGUACCAUUGGCCAAUGAUGUAAUGUCGUUGGAACUGGAUGACUCUGUGUCGGAUCUCUAUCUGCGAAAGGAUCCGACGUCCAUAUACCUUGCUGCAAAGGCUCUGAUGCAGCAGCAGCAGAAAUAUGGUCUUUUCCCUCGCAUCAUCGGCAAGGGCGAUAAUGCAAAACGGUUAGCAGACUUGCUUAUUCGAAUGCGAACCGAAGUUACAGCAGCUGGCGAAAGCAAUAGCAACUCACAUACCUCAUUUUUGGGCUUGACGCCAAGCUCCACAAUCGAUAGUCUCAUCAUCGUUGAUCGCGAGGUCGAUUUUCCGACUGUCCUACUCACGCAGCUAACUUACGAAGGCUUGAUAGAUGAGGUUUUCAAUAUAUCUGCAAACCAGAUUGAGGUGGACUCGUCUGUAGUCGGCGGUGCUGCGCCCCAGCAAGGCCAGACAGGCUCUGCGUCAACAAGCAUGAAGAGAAAGGUGAACGUCGACCCACACGAUUCUCUCUACUCAGAGCUUGCCGACGCCAAUUUUGCCAUUGUUGGAAACCUCCUCAACAAAGUAGCCCGGCGGUUACAAAGCAGUACCGAGCGCAAUCAAUUGGCGGCCAAAACAACCGCGGAGCUUCGAGAAUUUGUAGCUAAGCUUCCGGGAUAUCAAGCUGAACAAACAAGUCUUAAAUUGCACACGUCUCUCGCCGAAGAGAUCAUCAAAUUUACCCGCACAGACAUGUUUACACGAUCGCUCGAAGUCCAACAGAACAUCAUGUCUGGCGCAGAUCCUUCGACUCAGCAUGAUCUGAUAUCAGAAUUGAUCGCUCGAGACGUACCUCUCCCAACAAUACUCCGCCUCAUCUGUCUGGAAAGCACCACAAACGCAGGCAUGCGGCCCAAAGAUCUAGAAUUCUUCAAACGCGCCAUCACUCAAGCCUACGGCCCUCAACACCUCCUCACACUAUCUUCUCUCGAGCAGAUGGGUCUACUCUCCCCAAGAGGCGGAGCAAGCCUCGGAUUACCGGCAGCGAGACCAGGCUCCGUAACAAACUACACGCCUCUACGAAAGAGUUUACGAUUAUGGGACGACGACGUCAACGAGGCAGAUCCAAACGAUGUAUCCUACGUCUUCUCAGGCUACGCCCCCCUGAGUGUCCGUCUCGUCCAAUCUAUCAUCCAGAAGCAAACCCUCGCAAACCUCAUUAAGCCGCCGUCCCACCCUAGCGCAUCCGCAUCAGCGAACCCUCUCGCACAAGGCCUACGCAUCUUCGACGACGCCACGAAGUAUAUCCGCGGAGCUACAUUCGACGAAACGCAGACCGGCGAAGAGAAAGCCGUCAAAGCAAGGAGCAUGCUGAACGGCAACCACGGCGAUGCUGCAAAGACGAUUGUAGUGUUCUUCCUUGGCGGCGUGACGAGAGCUGAAAUAGCAGCAUUGAGAUACCUAGCUCUUAAGCUGAAGCAGAGCGGGGGUGAAGGCCGGGGAAGCAGAAUUAUUAUCGCGACGACGGGUGUAAUCCGGGGUGAAGAUCUUGUUGGUUCUGCUAUCGAGAAGGGAAGAUUUCAGUAUUAGAUUAUAGGUUGCAAUGUAUGUGAAUAGUCAUAUCAUGAAAGUCCCAUAUACGAGGCAUGGGCUUUUUUGGAAACAUCAUAGGUGCACCUUAACAAUGCGCAUAGUGCGGAUAUUAGUGUUGUGGCUAGGUUUAUUUCCUCGAUAUAACGAUGGAGACGUUGUGGCUGUGGCCACGCACGAACUACAAAGACUAUGAAGCACGCACGUUCCGAAGGAUUCAAACCGUUCUACUCGCGAUAAAAGAAAAUUCCCACACCGCUAGAGAUCUCGAUGCUGACGAUCUCAGCUCUGCUGAAAAGAUAAAUUCUGGGUAGUUAUAGGUAUAGUAGAUGUUGACCCGUGAAGCUGUGUUGCGACUAUCCGAGACAGGAAGUUAUUCG